GGCCUCGCAGCGAAAGUACAGCUUUCUGUUGUUUUCCGCUUGCAAUUUAUUUUUUGUGUGCAGGUAUUCUGAAUUUAAUCUCGGGGGCGGAAGAAAAAAAAACACGCACACACACAAGCGAGGCGCACGUGUAGUCGACUUGGCGAAGCAGUUGGAGCGUUCUGUUUGUAUGUUAUGUGCAAAACGAGAUGAUACAAAAGGCUUGAACGCUAGCCCCAAACAUUUCAACGCUGUCCAAGAAAGAUGGGCGACAUGCUCAAUGUGAAAGCAAAAAAGGCAGAAAACUGAACAUCAACUUUAACAGAAAAAGAAAAACAAAUAUAUUUCUUUACAUUGUAUUCUCAUGUUAUUUCUGUAUUUUUUUAUGAGGGAAUACCAAACCGAUACCAGUGUAAUGAUAUCAUUGUAAUCAAAAGAUAAGCAGCAGCGCCUCCCAGUGUUCGCACCGUGUCAUAACCUGACUUUUUUUUCUUUUCUUUUUUUUUUCCCCUCCUCUCCAUGCAAAGAAUCCGGAUGUGUUUGUUUUGUUCCUCUGCAGCAUUCUUCGCCACCAGUGUGGACUUCUGCCGAAUGUGCUGAGCUCCAGCAGGAGGUGAAAGAGCACCGCCACUCAACUCAACUUGAGUUUUUUUUAAUUUAUUGGUCCGUGACAGGCCGGUGAUGACGUCUGCCUGGGACACUAUCUUGUCUGUCCACCAGAACAUAGUGGACAAUGGCGACAAGAGGACCGACCCGUGGCCGCUGGUCUACUCGCCGGUCCCGGUGACGCUCAUCGUCCUGGUCUACCUGUGCGCGGUGUGGGCGGGGCCUCGGCUCAUGAGGUGCCGAGACCCUGCGGACCUCCGGACGGUUCUCAUCCUUUACAACUUGACCAUGGUGGGCUGGUCGGCCUACAUGUUCCACGAGUUCUUGGCUACUUCGUGGCUGUCCAACUACAGCCUCCUGUGUCAGCCGGUGGACUACAGCGAUAGACCGCUGGCCAUGAGGAUGGCGCGGGUCUGCUGGUGGUUCUUCUUCUCCAAAGUCAUCGAGCUCAGCGACACGCUCAUCUUCAUCCUGAGGAAGAAGAACGGCCAGGUGACUUUCCUUCACGUCUUCCACCACGCCACCAUGAUCUUCAACUGGUGGUCGGCGGUCAAGUACACGGCCGGCGGACAGUCUUUCUUCAUCGGCCUGCUCAACACUUUGGUCCACACCGUGAUGUACUCUUACUACGGCCUGGCUGCUCUGGGCCCUCGCAUGCACAAGUACCUGUGGUGGAAGUCGUACCUCACCUGCCUGCAGCUGCUGCAGUUUCUGCUGAUUCUCACGCACGCGACCUACAACCUGUUCACCCAGUGCGACUUCCCGGCGGCCACCAACAUUGCGGUGGUUGUUUACUCCAUCAUCCUCAUCGUCCUCUUCGGAAACUUCUACCGCCAAAGCUACCUGGAGAAGAGGAAGCAGAAGUAAGAUGCAUAAUAAUCAUCAAGUCUAACUUGUAUCGCACUUUGCUACACAGUCAAAUAAGUUGAACAGACAAUCAAGCAAAGGACAUGUCGAUGUGUGCAUCCUCACCCUUGUCCACUAGAGAGCAGAGCGAGCCCCUGUUCUCUGCAAAAAGCUUUUCCAGUCAUCAAUCUGAACUGCUACAGUAUUGAAAACAACUGAGAGCUGAUGACAUGUUUCAUUCAGAUAUUUAUUAUUUCUUGAAUGGAGAAAAUGUGUGUUACAAACAAACUGUACAUUUAUACACACAGCAUUAAAAAGAGGGCUGGUUUGUUUUGCGUUACUGUAUAGUAGGGAGACAAAGCCAAAGCCGCGAAAUGGAAAAAGAGGAAUGCAAACAUUGUUUCUCUCGUUAUUAAAACAACGCAGCAACACGAUACGUUUGUUUCUAUGCUUUGGUCUAAAAACAGAUGUCGAAAACUAGACGAUAUGAAUAUGAAGUGUUCAUAUUGUAGCGGCGCUGUAACCAAGUCCAUUUUUUUUUUUGUUCUCGUUCUGUUGAGUCAAUAAAAGAGAUUUUGAAAAGGUUUUGGAGGAUUUCAUGGCUCAUCCCUCAUUAAAAAUAUGCCGUAUAUUAUCAUCACCUCCUCCUUUAAACAGUGCUUAAAAAAAGUCUUAUUGAGAUGCAAAAGUGGCUUAAUUAUCUUCAGUCUCAAAGAAGUGAACUGUACAGUGAACCCCUCUCGCUGCCCAACCCGUGGAUCGUAGGAAAGCAGUAAUUGGUGUCAAGGAAGUAUGUUGUAUUGAUACAUCUCAACUGUUCUAAGAUCUACAGUGGGUACGGAAAGUAUUCAGACCCCCUUACAUUUGUCACUCUUUGUUUUUAUAUUGCAGCCAUUUACUAAAAAUCAUUUGUUCAUUUUCAGAUCGAAAAUGACCAAAAACAACGUAUGUCAUUUUUCUGUAUUUAUAGCAGCAAACAAAUGUGUAUAUGUAUGUAUGUGUGUGUGUGUGUGUGUGUGUGUGUGUAUAUAUAUAUAUAUAUAUAUAUAUAUAUAAAAUCUGUCUAUAAUAACCAGAUUCUGAAAUGUACAUGUGGCAUGUGGGCGCACUAACGCGAUAUUGCAUUUGUUUUUUAACCAACUUUUUUAAUGGGAUUUUACAGACUACUAAUGGUAAUGCCCUCGCAUGUGGAAAGGAGAGCCACAGUCGCCAAUGCACUUUUCAGCCAUUUAUUGAACACGGGCAGAACAGUAAAACACAUUAACACAACAAGCACACUCACACGGGAGCUGCUGUCGGCCACAGCUCACGCCCAGACACUCGCACGCAGACUCGCCUAACGUCACGUGCCACCCAUCCAGGCUCCGCCUCUUAAAGGCACAUGCAUGUACACAAACGCAACAAUAUGUACAGUAUUUUCUACACAUUUUAUGCUUGCAAUUUUUAUGUUCAAAUGUUUACAAUGUGUUUUAAUAAGUUUAAAUGUAUGAAGCGUGGAUGGGAUUUUGUAAUGGUCUUUCUAUAUUGCAGAUUUUCGCCUAUUGCGGGUGGGUCUGUACACUGUAUAAUCCAAAGUCUUUGUUUAGUCUUUUUCCCAUGAGAUCUGGCUUAGUCUCUCAGCAGCAAAUGAAUAAGGCAUCUUCACCCAUCGCUCCACUUUUCCACAUCCAAUAUGGCCGGGCCGGCGACGUACCAUUCAACGUUCAAGGCAGUGUCCAUGUGUAGACCUUUUGAUAUUGUUUGUAAAGGCGCCAGGGUACUUCCGGGUGCUUUCUCCUCACUUGGGUUGCGGGCGUGCUGGAGCCCAUCCCAGCUAUCUUCGGGCGAGAGGCGGGGUACACCUCGAACUGGUCGCCAGCCAAUUGCAGGGCAGAUAGAAACAAAACUACCAUUCGCGCUCACAUUCACACCUACGGGCAAUUGAGAGUUUUCAAUGAGCCUAUCAUGCAUGUUUUGGGAGAUGUGGGAGGAAACCCGAGUGCCCGGAGAAAACCCACGCAGGCACGGGGAGAACAUGCAAACUCCACACAGGCGGGGCCGGGGAUUGAACCCCGGUCCUCAGAACUGUGAGGCAGACGCUCUCACCAGUCGUCCAGUAUAAUACAGACAUACGGAUAUACAUAAGCUCAUAAGCUGCAAUAGUAGAAGCCGUUGUUUGCUGAGGAUCAAAAAUAUAUGCCUGUAUUGUUCAAUUUUCUGUCUACGUGUUCCUCCAAUCUGUACUAUAGCUAUGUGCUUGUAAUAAAUACGCAAUUCUCUGUCUUAUGUUUAGUUUGACAGUUCACUUAAACUCGUAAACCUUAUCACAAGGCACCACUGCAUGUCUGAAUUUCCAGCACAUCUAUUUUUUUAAUCAAUUUACCUGUUAAAAUGUAAAUUACGGUCAACGUCACAUCACGUAACAUCAUUUGUCUGACUGACACGUCACACAUUCAAACAACGGCAGUAGAGAAGAAGGC